GGACACCCAGCAUGGCCUGGCGAGUGAGGUCGAAACUCUGCUAUGGUCAAAAAUGGAUUCUCCUUUUCUCCCCCGUCUUCCUCCUUAUCCUCAUCAUCUCUGUCAUGGUGAUCCCCCUGCCUCCGCCUCUGCCAUGUCCUGACGCCAAGUGGCGGCUGUCGCGGGCCCUGAGCUCCAUGAGGGAGUUGGGACUCAGGCCCGGGAUUGCAGACCCCCCUCCAGCCCCCGCCCUCCAGCAGCGUUCCUCGCGGAGGAGCAAGAAUCCAGUGGCACAGAAACAGAGUGUUGCCAGCGAUGACGAUCACAGGAACAAAGCAAAACUGUAUGCAGACAUCCAGAGAAGUAGAUACAGAAACAGAGGCAGUGCUUCCAAGAGAAAAGACCCGACGGACGGCGUCCAGUCAACCAGACGAAGUCAACAACCUCCCCUCUCAGAGUUUACAGUCAACAACGCUGAGAUCAGGCAUCGAAUUAGGCCAAGCAGCCGCAGUUCUGUGGGGAAGCGCACUGCAGAGGCAUAUACUUAUCUUGAGAGGAGGCCGACCACAGUAGCACUUAACUCUUCCCAAGCAGAUAGCGCGAUGAGCGUGGGAGACAGACGGGCAGACACGUGGACGUACGAGAGCCCCCGCAGGAAUGCAGACAGGCAAACACACGACAGCCGUGCGAGCGUGAAGCCACAGCAACAUCGAGCUUCGGGAAAAAAACACAGACAGGCAGCAAAGCACUCUUUGGGGAAAUUUGACAAUGAGGUGAAGGAGCAGCUUCCUGUGAAAAGGCCGUCCAGGGAUCACAAAGCAUCCCAUCAUCCCACAGAAGAGGUGAAGACGAUGUCCAGGUCAGAGGACCACAGAGAGGCCUCCUCCGAGCUCGGCGCCGCUGCGAGGGACGGAGGGGACUGGUGUCAGAGCUUCGGAGAGGAGGACUGGUCGGACGGUCAGGGGAGGGUGAGAUCCAGUAGAGAUCUGCAGCCCCCGCCCUGGCUGAGCCAGGACGACCUGAAGAAGAUGGAGCUCCUCUCCGAGGGCCAGGUUGUUAGUAAAGCCCGGGUACCGGCGCACGGACAAGUUCUCCAACGUGGCCCUGGGCGCGGCGGCCCUGCGUCCUCCCACGGCGAGCGUUGCCAGCAGGGCCGCUGCGCGCUGAUCAAGCGGCCCGAAGACUGGUACGAGGUGUUCGCCUUCCACCUGGACCGAGUCCUGGGACUGAACCGAAGUCUCCCCGUGGUUCUGAGGACGUUUCACAGCGACAUCCUGCCCUACCGGUACACCAGCGGUCCCCCGAGACCCGCCGUGUGGUGGGACCCCGACAUCCAGCACGUAGCCGACGCAGACAACGACCAGAACUCGGUGCCGCUCAGCUGGGUCCAGUAUCAGCAGAUGCUCCAGGCCCGGUGUGGCAGGGAGACGGAUCUGCUCUCACAGCCCUGCAGGGGAAUCCAGCACUCGGAGUGGGGGAGACUCGCGCUUCUUGACUUCUUAUUACAAGUAAACGACCGCCUGGACCGGUGCUGCUGUGGGUUUACACCUGACCCUGCAGACCUGUGUGUGGAGAAUCUGCUGCACGCCAAGUGUGGCAACAGCAAGGAUCUCCUACUCGUUCACAUCCUGGUGAGGAGGGCCGACCCCUCCAGACUGGUGUUCAUAGACAACGCGGGCCGACCCCAGCAGGCCCCCGACAACCUGAACUUCAGGCUGGUGCAGGGCGUCCACCAGUUUCCAGAGAAAGCUGUGUCGGUGCUUCGCUCCGGCUGCCUGGAAAGUCUUCUGCUGCGCUCCCUGCACACGGACCGGGAGUUCUGGGACAGCCGUGGGGGGGCGGCCGGGCUCAGGCCCCUCAUCCACGUGGUGGAGCAGAGGGGGAGCAUCCUGCUCCAACACAUCAGAGACCGGAAGCUGGGGCUCAAAAGGGACCUGUGACUCCGCUUGGCGGACCAAACUGGAGCUCAGAAUAAAUGUUGCAGCUUGAUAAGACGAGAUUUCUUCGGCACCUCAGAGCAAUCAAAGAUGGACCGCUCUGGAGCAAAACGGCCUCCCAAAGUCAUCAAGCUUGCAGACAUGAAAUGAUGCUGGAAUAUUGCAUCUAACUGCAGUGACAGAGUCUUUAUAUGUGCAAUCAAAUGGUGUCAAAUGUGAUUUAU